AUGUCGACCGCUGCAGUCAACACCAUGGCAGACAACGCCAGCAGCACCGCGCUGCAACCCAACAAUGCCGCCGCGGACCUGAAGCCGAAGGGCGAAGCUGCUGCAAAAGUGAAGCCCUGCUGCGUAUGCAAGGAUGAGAAGUUCGCGCGCGAUGAAUGCAUGCUCUUUUCCAACGCCAAAGAUCCGCAAGCUGCAUGCCAGGACCUCGUCUCGAAGUACCGCAGUUGUAUGAGCAGCUACGGGUUCAACAUCGCAUAA